UGUGUGUGUGUGUGUGUGUGUGUGUGUGUGUGUGUAUGCGCACAAGCCGCGCGCGUCCGUGGAUGCGCGUGCGCGCGGGCGGAGGAUCGCCGAGCCGAGCCGUAUACCGUGCAGCAGGCAGGCAGGCACAAGCCGCUGGGCGCGCAGGAGAAGCCGCAAACGCAUUUGAGCAGCCGCUAUACCUGAGACCGCGCGCAGAGAGCACAGGGCAGCCCGGGGAACUUGAGUGUGCACGAGGCCAGAGAUCCAAAAUGGGAGGCAAGCUCAGCAAAAAGAAGAAGGGAUACAACGUAAACGAUGACAAGGCCAAAGAAAAGGAUGCCACAGCAGAGGGGGCCUCUGCCGAGGAGAGUGAAGCACCGAAGGACAACAAAGACGAGGCCCCGGCUGCCACUGACACUAAGGAGGUAGCAAACGACACGGCGGCCAAGGAGGCGCCAGCAGCAGACGCCGCAGCGCCCAAAGAGGAGGAAAAGAACGCCACUCCCGCCGCAAAGGAGCCCGAGAAGCCUGCAGCCAACGCUGAGCCCAAAACGGAGGCACCCAAGAGCGCAGAGCCCGCCAAGGCUGAGGAGAAACCAGCUGCCGCCGCGGCCCCGGCCAAAGAAUCGGCCCCUGCUGCCAAGGAACCUGAAGCUAAAGCCGCGGCACCUGCCCCGGCGGCUGAGAGCAAAGAUGAGGCCGACGCCAAAAAGACUGAGGCCCCCGCGGCACCAGCAGCCAAAGCCGAGGCGGCCCCCGCUGCCUCCCCUGACCCCAAGCCCACAGAGCCGGCAGCUCCCGCACCAGCAAAGGAGGCCGCCGCAGCCCCUAGUUCAACACCAGCCGCCGAGCCUCCCGCCAAGGAGGCGAACGCCACAGAGGCGCCAAGCAAGGAUCAAACCGUAGCAGUUCAAGAUUAAUGGACAGCUUCUUUUCGGAAAUGAAAAAAAAUUUAAAAAAAGUACCUAACUCAACGACGAUGAAGAUUAAAAAAGAAAAAAAAUUAAAUUAACUAGCCCACCCAUAUUAUGAUAACAACAAUAAUGAUAAUAAUUGUAAUGAUAAUGAUUGAUUUGAUUGAUUGAGGAGGACUGGAGCAACCACAUGGGGAAGUUUCCCACCGCUGCAGAUGAUUAUUGCCAUUAUUAUUGUUAUGUUUUAUUCUAUUUUUUCUGCUGUAGUAUUUGAACUUUGAUACGAGUCUGUGUCGGCCAUGCGCCUCGCCAUUCCACAUCCGUCAUCCCUCUUCUCCUUCACAUGUCAAGACGUUGAACACGACGACUCCCAUCUCAGCUCAGUAGGCCUGCGUUCAAACAUUCACCUGCACCCUCGGCUCUGUGGACGGCAGAAUAUCAACAUUUUGGGGGAAUGGGAUAUAGGGAAAGGGGUUGAGAAAUCACUUUACCAGCUGGACUUCCCAUUGAAUCUGUCCACUCUGCAGCCCUCCCCCUUCCACUCAUCCUCCUCUUUAGAGUAUCAUGCUCUCCGCCUGGUACCUACAAUUUUUCUUAGACGUGAAAUUGUGGUUAUGUCCUUUUUUAAACCUAUCCCCCCCUCCCUCGAUUUUUUCAUUAUUGUUGGGUUGUGUUGCUACCCAUUUUCCUCUUGGGGUUACACGCCACUUUCUCUGUACGGCAAGACUUAAACGGUUGUUUAAAUCUUUUGUGAGAGCGAAGAAUGCUCAGGCUUUCUAAGACAUUUCGGAGGUUGAAAAAGGCUGGCUUUUGCAGAGCAAAACACAUUCUUAGACGUAUAAAACAGUCGUAGGAAUUUUUCAGAUAAACUUCUAGAUUUUGUACUGAAACCCUUAGGUAUAUUGUAAGUGAACUAAGUGGUUUUUUAACAUUUGUAAUACACUUAUGAAGUCUGCAAAAGCCUCGCUGAAAAGAUCUCCUCAGUGUUCUUAGAAAGUCUGGUAGAAAUCUCCGAUCCUCCAACCCAAAUCUGAUGACAAAUUUUAACAGAAUAUGAGAUUUUUGUUUUAUAGACAUAUCUACUGCUGACCUGGGAGAGAUAGGCUAGAGUUAGUUAGGUUUUGCUUAAGAAUACCAAGUUGGUGACGUUUACUGCAUCAUCAGGAGAUGUCAGCUGUUAAGCUCUUUUCUGUGAUUGUCUUCAGUUUCUGGACUGUAUCGCUG